AGGGCGCUCGGCAGUCAGCUUCGUCCCUGGUUAUCACGAGGGGAAAAAUAAUGAAGGUCGCCCACUAAGCCAACAAGAUAUAAAGUACCGCGGCCCCCUCACUGACACCACUCUCCGCUGAGCAACACACGGCAGCAAUGAGUGCUCAGAGUGCCUUGGCGGUGGUGGCGGUGGUGCUGGCGUGCCUGGCGGCGGCAGAGCCUGAGGCCAGGCCCUCGCCGGGUCCGACGGCUGAGGCUGACCCCGGCCUGGUCUCGGCCCACAAGAACCAUCACCAGCAGAGCUUCACCGCCUUCAUUCCUCCCUUCAUUGGCGGCUUCGGCGGCCUGGGCUACGGCGGCUAUGGGGGCUACGGGGGCUACGGCGGCUACGGCGGCUACGGGCUGGGAGGCGGCCUCGGGUACGGCCGCAGGAAGCGUGAGGCGGAGCCCACGGCUGAGGCUGACCCCGUCCUUGUUUCGGCCCACAAGAACCACCACCAGCAAAGCUUCAACGCCUUCAUUCCUCCCUUCAUUGGCGGCUUCGGCGGCCUGGGCUACGGCGGCUAUGGGGGCUACGGGGGCUACGGCGGCUACGGGCUGGGAGGCGGCCUCGGGUACGGCCGCAGGAAGCGUGAGGCGGAGCCCACGGCUGAGGCUGACCCCGUCCUUGUUUCGGCCCACAAGAACCACCACCAGCAAAGCUUCAACGCCUUCAUUCCUCCCUUCAUUGGCGGCUUCGGCGGCUACGGGCUGGGAGGCGGCCUCGGGUACGGCCGCAGGAAGCGUGAGGCGGAGCCCACGGCUGAGGCUGACCCCGUCCUUGUUUCGGCCCACAAGAACCACCACCAGCAGAGCUUCAACGCCUUCAUUCCUCCCUUCAUUGGCGGCGGCCUGGGCAUCGGGGGCUACGGGGGCUACGGUGGCUAUGGCGGCUACGGCGGCUACGGCGGCUACGGGCUGGGAGGCGGCCUCGGGUACGGCCGCAAGAAGCGUGAGGCGGAGCCGACGGCUGAGGCUGACCCCACCUACGUCUCGGCCCACACCAACAGUCACCAGCAGAGCUUCAACGCCUUCAUUCCUCCCUUCAUUGGCGGCCUGGGCUACGGCGGCUAUGGCGGCCUGGGCUACGGCGGCUACGGCGGCUUGGGCUACGGCCGCUAAGGCUACAUCGGUUAGUGUCCCCCACCAGGCACCCGAGACGACGCUGACCACCGCCGGCUGUCGCGGAGGAAACCCCGAAGACCCACAUUUGAUGCAACUCACCAAGAGGCUCAGCAUGACUACUCCAUGAGGUCACCUGCCACUUAGCGAGUAGGUGGUUGGCUUCCUGGGCUGAGUGUAGCCUCUUACCUCCACUUGAUAAAAUGGCAUCUUGUUGACGACUAGGUUUUGUAUAGCUUUUGUAGUUUUAUAACUCUUAUUGAUACCAUAAAGUCUUUCUAUGAA